UAAUUUGUGAUAACCGGUAGAUUUGUUAACAAUAAUUAUUAAUUAACAUAACUUUCGUACUUUUAAAAACAAACUAAUUGUUACAUGUUUCUACUAUUCACAUAAUAAUUGUUAAUUAUAUAGCUUCAAUUUUGGGACAAUUGUUGCCGCUGAGGAGACUCCUAACGUGUGAAUGUGUUAAGUUUGUGGAUUUAUAUGAACAACCUAUUGAAUUGAACAGUAUGGAAAACAGCAAUGGAGUUACAUAUUUGGAUUCUAGUGAAGUUCAAAUAUGUAAACCUAUCACUGUGGUCAACGACAGGAUUGAAAAUUUUUUAAAGAGAAAAAGAGAAGAAAACCAUGAUAGAAAUACAAGAAUGUAUUGUAACUCAAUAUCAAGCUCAAAUUAUUCUGGUGCUUCCAGAACUUGUAAUACAAUAGAAGCUAAACGUCAGAGAGGAUCUGAAUGCUUUGUAAAAAAGACAAUAGUACAAAAUAAUGUAGGACCACAGAAUAAUGGUGGUUUGGACAUAACUAGUUCAAACAGUUACAAUUUAUCAAAUAAUACAAGUUCAAUUGGAUUAAAACCAGAUGUACGAGAAAGAAUAUCAAACCUAGAAAAAGUCUUAAAUAUUAAAAGUGAUGAUAGUAAAAGUAACAUUGAUAUUUAUAACAAACUAAAAUCAAUAGAAGACCAUGUAUUAAAACUAGAAAGUAUUUUAUUAAAUAUCAAUGAAAAUUACUCAUUAUCAAAUAUAUGUUCUAUUGAUAAAGAUAUAGGAAUUAUAAAACAUAAUAAUACAAAGGCUGAUGAUCUUAUGAACCAGAAAUGCUGUUGUUAUGUGCAGUUCCUGUCUAUUCAUUUAAUUUCUAUGGGUUUAUGGUUCUAUGUAUUUAUAGUUUAUUAUAUACAAAUAGUAUGGCUUGAUAUAUCAUCUUAUAGAGAUAAACAAAAUAUAACACACGUGGAAGAUGAUAGAUUUAAAUUUAUUUUCUCAGUAAAAUUAAAUACAAAGAAAUUUGUUGAAGAUAGUUUAAUAAGAAAAGAAAUAAAAUCAGAAAUAUUGCCACAAAAAUCAAAAUAUUCUGCAAAUGAAAUACAAGCACUCAUUAACAGUAUCAAAUGAAAUUGAUGAAAAUUAAAAAAAAAUUCUAAAAUCAAUAAUAAAUCAUUAAGCAUUAUUUUCAUCUUAUCAUGUAAAAACAUAUUAAAAAUAACUGGUACUUCUGAACGUAGUUUAUUUCUUUUGUGCAUAAUAUCGUUUAAAAGUACUAUCAAUAUGAGUCAAGUACCAUGAAUCAGGAAACAAAUUGUCAACAUUUGAAGUAGGUUCAAAAGGUGCUAUAAACAAAUUUAAAUAAUUUAAUUUAUAGAACAUAGUUAAGAAAAACACAACUAGUAUUCAGAUGUCAAGUAAUAAUUUUAUAGAACAAUAAUAAUAGAUAAUAGAUAUACUACCUUUAUUGUAAGCUAAUUCCCGGUUUGUUAAUAUAUUUUCAAAUUCAUCAGUCGA